CACUCACCUCUCUACACCACACGUGAAGGCUAAAACCGUCAUUCAAUUUUUUCACUAUAUAACUCUCUUAUCUUGCUCACACUUCAAUGUGCAUGACAUUAGUCACUCAACUUAAAAUGACUUCUUUUUUGUUCAUCACAGCUAUAGUAGCAUUAGCCACGGUUUCGGCAGUUACUGGCUGCCCGCCUUCGGACAGGGAAGCUUUGCUCGCGUUCAAAGCUUCCCUGCACGAACCGUACUUGGGAAUUUUCAAGUCGUGGACGGGCAGCGAUUGUUGCCAUAAUUGGUACGGAGUUAGUUGCGACUCGACUAAUGGUCGAGUCGCGGAUAUUAUUCUCCGUGGCGAAUCGGAGGAUCCGUUAUUCCAGAAGGCUCGUCGUACCGGUUAUAUGACCGGUACGAUUUCGCCAGCUAUUUGCAAGUUAACGUGGCUGUCAAGUAUCAUUAUAGCAGAUUGGAAAGGCAUUACUGGACCGAUUCCAGAUUGCGUUUCGUAUCUUCCGUAUCUCCGAAUGCUUGAUUUAAUCGGAAACAAGCUUACAGGCCAGCUCCCGAAAGAUAUCGGCCGAUUGAAACGACUCACGGUGCUAAACGUUGCCGACAACAACAUUUCGGGCUGGAUACCUCGGUCUAUAUCCGGUUUAACAGCUCUAAUGCAUUUAGAUCUCCGUAACAACCAAAUCUCGGGGCCACUUCCCCGAGACAUUGGAAAGCUCCGCAUGAUGAGCCGAGCUUUAUUGAGUCGGAAUCGGAUCACUGGUCCGAUUCCGAACUCAAUAUCAUACAUAUACCGACUUUCUGAUUUAGACCUCUCGUUAAAUCAGAUUUCGGGUGCAAUUCCAGCAUCCCUGGGCAAAAUGGGAGUCCUCGCAACACUAAAUCUCGACGGUAACAAAUUAUCAGGCAGCAUACCCACAACAUUAAUCAACUCUGGAGUGAGUAUACUAAAUCUGAGCAGGAACUCGCUUGAAGGUAACAUCCCCGAUGUUUUCGGGCCACGAUCAUAUUUCACAGCCCUGGAUUUAUCUUAUAAUCAGCUCAAGGGUCCUAUUCCAAAGUCCAUAUCAGCUGCAAGUUACGUGGGUCAUCUUGAUCUGAGUCACAAUCAUCUAUGUGGUCGGAUUCCAGUUGGUUCACCGUUUGAUCAUCUUGAAGCGGCGUCGUUUCUCAACAAUGAUUGUCUCUGUGGGAAGCCCCUUAGAUCUUGUUAGAGAUUGACUAGUACCGAGCUUCAAGACUUGCGGUUUUUUUAUGAAUAUAUAUGCUAAACAUAUACAUAAAUAUGUGUUUUCUCAUGUAAUAGAGAGUGUGUAUCUAUCUAAUCUUGUAAAAGGUAAAAAAAAAGUGCUUUGAUUAAUUAUAGUUAAGUGCUGCAAUUUGAAUAAUUUGUUUUGUGAGGUUCUUUUAUCAAUGUAACUCUGGGAAUAAAUUAAAUUUUGCACCGC